AUGCUGAUUGCCUUUUCUGUCAAGAACAAGCUAGGAUUUCUUGAUGGAUCCAUCGAGAAACCAGAUGGUUCAGAUCUGGUUCUUCUAAAUUCAUGGAUUCACAACAACAAUCUUGUGAUUUCAUGGAUUCUGAACUCUGUUUCUAAAAAAAUUUCAGCUAGCAUCAUUUUUUCUGAAUCCGCUGCUGAAAUUUGGCUCGAUCUUAAGGAUAGAUUUUCCCAGAGCAAUGGGCCUCGCAUUUUUCAAUUGCGUCGAGAAUUCGUCAAUUUGGCUCAAGAUCAACACUCGGUUAGUGUUUAUUUCACGAAAUUGAAAUCUUUGUGGGAAGAAUUGAGCAAUUUCAGGCCCGUAUGCUCGUGUGGAAAAUGUACCUGUGGUGGUGUCAAGGCACUUUAUAAUCACUGUCAAAUGGAUUAUAUAAUGUCCUUUCUUAUGGGACUUAACGAGUCAUUUGCUCAAGUACGGGGUCAAAUUUUGCUGAUGGAUCCUCUUUCAGCCAUUAACAAGGUGUUUUCUUUUAUCUCACAAGAGGAACGUCACAGGAAAGUGAGCUCACAGUCUAUCUCCACUGGAGAUUUGAGCCAUUCCAUGGCUUUUGCAGCAAAGAAUGAUUCUUUUUCCAAACCUAGUAAUGGUUCUCCUUCUUCUUCAGCUGCGGGCAAUAAGAACCAAAGGAAGGAUCGUCCUUUUUGCACUCAUUGCAACUACCAUGGACAUACCAUUGACAAAUGUUACAAAAUUCAUGGCUAUCCUCCCGGUUUUAGACAACGACAGAGGACUCAAUCACCUGCCACUCAACCUGGUAUGGUGAAUCAAGUUUCAAAUCAUGUUGUUCCUGAAGGUCGUGAUAGCCAGAAUGGAAGCACAGGGAAUCUUCUUCAGAAUCUGACUAGUGUUUAG